ACACUCUCUCGCACGCCUUCGCAUCUCCGGCACUGCUUGAGCACGCAUCGCCUGCACGCACACAUCCAGCCGCUCCACUUGUCACCAGCCAUGCGUCUCCUCGUCGUCGGCGGCAACGGCUUCCUCGGCUCGUGCAUCUGCAAGGCGGCCCUGGCCCGCGGCUGGGCGGUAGACUCGAUCUCCGCCAGCGGGCGGCCGUUUGUCUCGCCCGCCGGGCACCAGCCGGCGUGGUCGGCGUCGAAGCAGAUGGGCUGGCACAAGGCGCGUGCCGACCAGCCCGACGAGUAUGCGGCGCUGGCGGCGCGCGCCGACGCCUGCGUGCACACCAUCGGCGUGCUGCUCGAGGGCGAGUACAAGACGGGCGGCGUCGUGGGCGCCGCCGGCAGCCUGGCGUACGCGUGGAGCGGCGGCAAGAUCGGCGGCGGCGACCCGAUGCGGAGGAAGAACUACGGCGUGAUGAACCGCGACAUGGCCAUCACGGUAGCAGAGACGUUCGCGGCGUCAAGGGCCCCGUCUAGCGGCUCUGCAACGCCGUCAUCACCAGCAUCGCAGCCCAACACACCUCGCCGUGCUCCGUUCGUGUUCAUUUCGGCGGCCGACCACUCGGCACCGCUCGUGCCGCGCGCGUACAUCGAGACGAAGCGGCAAGCCGAGGCCGCCAUCGCACAGAUCCCCUCGCUGCGCGGCAUCUUCAUGCGGCCAGGGCUGAUGUACCAUCCUGCGCUGAAGCCGGCGACGACGCUGCCGGCCGCGUUGCUGGACCUCUCCGCCUCGGUGCACAAGCGUCUCGGCGCUCUGGGCGUGCCGACGCCUGCCGGCCUGCUGCGUGCAGCAUCCAUGCUGGGCCCUGAUGUGCGGCCACUGGCGAACGCACUCGAGAGUAGCCCGCUGCACGCCGAGACAGUCGCGCGUGCAGUGUGCGCUGCGCUCGAAGCCGAGCACUACGAAGGGCCGCUCGAGGUCGAGGAGAUGCGGCACAUGCGGCCGCUCCCGCGGCAGACUGAGCCUCUGCCAGUGUACAAUGCACCGCCACCGCCACCUCAAUGAGAUGCAAUUGGUCUAUC